UCUGAACUGAUUGGAGGAGGCAGUUUGUUGUUAGCUUUCAUGCGGGAAGUGCAUGGGUCUUUCGUAGCCCGCUCUCUAACAAUCAUUUCAGUAACAUUGUAUUGAAUGGAAUCGAGCCAGGUUGGUCCCAUGAUGGAAGCGCAUCGCCACGAGCCCCGUGAGAAGGUGGAGCCGGAACAACCUGACGCGGAGGCAAGCAAAGGAAAAGCAGAGAACGUUCAAGAUGACUCGGAAGGCCGAGGCAAAUGGUCAGGCAAGCUGGACUUUGUGUUAUCCAGCAUGGGGUACGCGAUUGGGCUUGGUAAUGUCUGGCGAUUUCCCCAUCUCGCUUACAGCAAUGGAGGAGGGGCGUUUCUCUUUCCCUAUCUGAUCAUGUUGGCGUUAGUGGGUUUCCCAAUGCUGUUCCUGGAGAUAUCAUUCGGUCAGUUCGGCAGUCUGGGCGCUAUUUCCAUGUGGAGGAUUAGUCCACUCUUCAAAGGUAUCGGUUUUGGCAUGGUCUUGAUGUCGGCUUACUUCUGUCUGUACUACAAUAUCAUCAUCGCCUACGCUACGUACUACAUGUUUGCCUCGGUGCAGAACCCUUUGCCAUGGGUUGGGUGCAACCACACAGAGUUUAACACACAAGACUGCUUCUCUGCCUCUCAAGGCGAUGACUUGAAGGAGUGUCCGAUACCUAAUUACAACGACAGCUCCAAGCCUAUCUUUUCAAGCGAGGAGUAUUUCAAACGACGCGUCUUAAAGAUCUCAGAUUCCUUAGAUAACAUGGGAACCAUUCAAUGGGAAAUUCUUCUAUGCUUCAUCUUCGCCUGGUUAUUGACUUUUAUCUGCAUUAGCAAAGGUGUCAAGACAUCAGGGAAGGUUGUUUACUUCACGGCAACCUUCCCGUAUUUCGCCUUGAUAGCUUUGCUCGUCAUUGGCGUUCUACAGCCUGGCGCGAUCAACGGGAUACUUUACUUCAUCACGCCGCAGUUUGAUAAACUGUUGGAUAUACAGGUUUGGAAGGCUGCAGCCAAUCAGGUUGUAUUUUCAUUUGGUGCGGGCUGGGGAGGCUUGCAUACGUUGGCAAGUUACAACAAAUUCCACAACAAUACGCUCAGAGACACCAUAGCAAUCGUGGUAGGCGGUGCACUGACUAGCAUUCUUGCCGGAUUUGUUGUGUUCUCCAUCAUCGGCUUUAUGGCGUGUGACGCACAAGUUGACAUUAAAGAUGCAGUAGACGCAGGACCUGGGUUAGCAUUUGUUGCUUAUCCUGAAGCUAUCUCUCGGAUAUCUGUCGUGCCACAGCUCUGGUCCUUCUUGUUCUUCUUCAUGCUUAUCACGCUGGGAUUGGACAGUCAGUUUGUUACCGUGGAGACCAUCAUUACCGCAAUUACUGAUGAGGUAGCCGACUACCGCCCCAACAUCCGUAAGAAGAAGACAUUUAUCAUAUUAGGCGUCUGUGUCUCCAUGUUGCUGAUUGGCCUGCCUUUCACGAUGAAUGGAGGUAUCUAUUUGAUGACAUUGUUCGACUGGUACUCUGCUGGUUACAGCCCAAUGCUUUUAGCUUUAACGGAACUGUUUGUAUUCAACUGCAUCUAUGGACUUGAGAGGUUCCUUCAAGAGGUUGGCUUUAUGAUUGGCAUCAAUAAUAAAGUUUGGAAAGUCUGCUGGAAGAUCAUGUGGUAUCUUGUCACUCCUGUCCUGAUAAUUUUCCCUACAGUGUAUGGCUUCGUGGAUUACGUUCCAGCGUCCUACGCCAGUUACAUCUUCCCAGUCUGGGCUGAGGCAGUCGGCUGGAUUAUGACAUGCUCCUCACUGAUAUGCGUCAUUAUUUACGCCGUAUACUACUUGGUGGUCAAGGUUCGGGGCACACUGCUGGAGAGAGUGAAGGUAGCCAUCAGGUCCACUCCCGAGUGGGGUCCAGCAAAAGAUGAAGAUCGAGCCGAGGUAGGGUAUCCACCGUAUCCGAACCGCAGUAGCCAUGGGGAGGGUGUCCACACGAGCCUGGAAGGCUAUACUAACAGCGUGUUCGUGGAAGAUCAAGUGAUGCCACCAUCCUACGUGGAAGCCAUUGGCCCAGAGAAAGUGGAAGUGGAAACACAGACUUAGGCGAGGAAUGAAAUCCUAUUUAGUUUGAAGAAAAAUGUGAUUUGUUUAGGAGCCCCGCGAUUAUAAUCCUGAGGUGUUUUUCAUUGACUGUACUCAGACCUGCUGUCACCUGUAUAUGAUCGCGUUUCAUUUUAGCAGGAACAAACUGCUAUACUUAUUCUUUUCCCAUUAAAAUAUAAUCAAAUUGAAUUUCAGACCGAAGAUUUGUAUUUUAACUUAUAGCUUGGGUUUCUUUUGGUCGAUGUCUUGUCAAGUGGAAGUAACUUCAGCAGGUUUUUUUAUCUUGUAUUAUCGUUACAUUUUACAAAACACGAAAACCCGUGUAUUUUUAUUAUAUCGGUCAGGGUCUGAAAUGCGGACAACAAAAGUUUGAUUCCUCCCUUUGGAUAAGAUUAAGAAACCUGUCUAGUGAGCUGCCAAAGUUUUCCCGCAUAUUUGGGCAACUUUGUCCACUUAUGGUUAUCGAAUGAAACUGACAGAAGUCACUAAACUUGUAAACCUACAACAAUGAUGAUUUUUCUUAUUUAGAAAGAGCAGGAAAUUUAAUGUUAUAAAAGCUUUACAGAAACACAAACAAAUUUAUCAAACGCCUCUCUGAAUAAUGUAGUGCAGAGAAAGUUUCCUUUAACGUUUCCCAGAGUGCCAAAGGCAUCGGUUCAGCCUAAGGGUGGCACUUUGUCUUAAAGUUUCCGUUCUACGGUACUGAUUGCUAUUCUUUAUACAUGUACAGUAUUAAUUGUUACACUGGAGAAACAUCCGGACUAACGAUCUUUAGCCGCGUGUGCCUUAGUAGCGUAUGAGAAAUUCGUGUACAUGAACAUGAAAAAAACAAAGGUCUAUUUACCUUAUGCACGCAGUGUCAAGCAAGUUAAGUAAGUCCGCUGUGUUUAAUUAAGGUGUGUGGGUAUAUUCCUGGGUCGUUUACCAUAGGCCACAGCUUGUGUCGCUGGAAAGCCCUAAGCAUUAAUGCGAGUUUUGGAAACGACUGCGAAAGUAUUGGCGUUAGAUGGUGAUGGAUAUUAGGCGAUAUAUUACGUAAUUGCAAAGGAUUAUUUGAAUAUUGUAUUCUGUAUCACUUAACCAUCAUCAAAGCAUUUGUUUUCUCCUACGGCAAAUGGAUUACUUGGUUUUAAUAUAUCGUCAAAUACAUGUAUAUCCCAUUCAAAGUGAUUUAUCAUGAUGACCCGUUUUACAUGGCUGUCUUUAAGAAGCGGAGAGACUAUGCCAGCCAUAGCCAAAAUAAAAUUAGGAAAAAUGCCCCCCCCCAAAAAAAAAAUUGUAAAUAAAUAAAAUUUGCUGAGCGUGUUUCACUGGUAUGAUCUUAUCUGAUUUGCAUGCGGUGCUUAGCACAGAAUCUUAAUUUCAGCGCUGAAUUCAUUGAUCAGCGGAGCCGUGAAACUUGCAGCAGUAGUUGAACGUGCAUACACGCCUAAUAAUAGUGGGACAACUGUUGCCCCUCCCCCUAACGGAUGUCUGUGCCCCCCCCCCCAGUUUAGCUUUUGAAAUGUAAAAAACCUAGGCGUGCAUUCAGCACCCCUAUAAUUUAGAGUUACGCCACAGUGAUCUGCACCUAAAAUAUAUAUUACAGGAAAAGUGGAUACAUAAAUAUUGUAAGGCGCAGAGAACACCAUCCCAAUCCACAGUAAUAAAUAAUGAAGUGUCACUAAAGAAGUGUUGAAGGUGCAUUUGCUAAUGUUUAUGUCAUAAAGUAUUUUUGUCAAAAAAUAUUUAAUACAGCAUUACUGAACUCUGAAAUUAAUGGACAGCAAAAGUUUGAGAGGUUCACAUAUCACAUACAGAUGACUGUGAACGUAAAAGCUUAGCACCUACAGAUCUGUUUAAAAAGGGACUGACCAUCAGUAACCCUGACAUUAGCAUCUCAUUUUCUUGGUUUUCUAUUUGGGGUUAAAUAGAGGGCAAGUUGUCAGUAUAAUCGUUUUGUCUAUAAGAUUUAUGGUAUUUGAUCCUGUUAUCACUGACCAAUUGGUGUAAUUAAUUGUAAUUAGAUUUACGGCUUUUUCUACUCAAUGUAGUUGAUUAAGUAGCUGAAAGGUUUUCGUACAAUACUUUGGAUAUGGGUUUGUCUUUAAAGUAUAACCUUUACAUUUUAUAGCAAAUGUUCAUAGGUGCGAACAUCUUUUUACUCAGCGUGCCAAUUAAUUAAGAAUUUAAAAUAUUUCCUCAAUCACUUCAUUCUGUAAUCCCAAUGUCUUAGACAGAAAUUCGAACUUUUAUUUUUGCAAUUCAUGUAAAUGGAAUUUCAUCUAUAGAAAACAAUAACACUGCAUCAUCCACAGAAAUUCAGGCAUUAAAAUGAAUCAAUAAUUUAGCUUUGCAGCAAUGAAUGGUUGAUAUUAUUAAUCCUCAAGAAAAACAAGAAAAUGUAAUCUAAACACAGACAGCUUCUCCUUUGCUGCAAGUUACCAGCGAUAUUAGUUAUCAUGAUUAUUAUUAUUAUAAAGCAAAAACACGUGCUCAUUUGUAAUAUCACACAAAUACACUAUAUCACAAACGAACAGAAUAAACAGAUUCUUUACAAUUAUUUUGACGCAAAAUUGUUUUGCAAUGCAUAGGUUGGCUACAGUAAGUUGACUUGAAAGCUUCGACUUCGAGUCAGUGUCUAUAAGCAUGGUUAUGUAUUGGAAUUGUACGAUUUGGGGUUCUAUUCAAACACUUAGGAUUUCUGAGAUAUAAAAAUCUAUCACCUCUAACAUCCUAAAGCCGCUCCCUUAACGGAUUUCAUCAUCAUUCCUAUGAGGAAAAUUAAACCAUGAUUAAAUUCCCAUUGUAAAUGCAUAGUUGCACGUUAGUUUAAGCAUACAUGAAAUUGUAUUCUUUUACAACUUCUAGUGAGACACUAUUAUAAUAAAAUGGGUAUAGUACAUAAAUCUUUCACAUUUUCUACCAACAAACCAUCGCAUUAUUCGAAAGGUAUUGUCUAAAAUAUCCCAAUCGCUGACAUUUCCUGUCUACAUAAUUAUGAAUGCCUGGUCCAUUGCUCUUUAUCACAAUGCUCCUUUUAAAAUCUGUUCUAUCGUCCCCAAAGGCAAAGGGUUGUUAUUCAUUUUCUCUGCCUCCAGAGUUGUUUAGUCGCUUUUGUUGUUGCUAACAAAAGACUUUUUAUAUCUUCUCUUUUGUUUGGUUUUGUUGUUUAAAAUAAAAUGAGAAAUUUUGUGGGUCUGGAAAUUAUGAAUAAAUAAGUUAUCCAUCUCUUAAAGCUUAAA